UUCUCCCCCCCUCCUUCCCCUAAGCCUGGAGACCAAAAUAAUCUUGCUAGGAACAGUCAUAACAGGCAGAAUUUCAAAGUGCAAGGAAGAUGAUAAGAAUAGAUUUCUACAAGUCCUGACCACGUGAUUUGCGAAAUAAUUAAUUCAGCACGUCCCUUAAGAAACACGGAGUCGUCAUUAAUCUGCCAAGCAAAGGACUCUAUCAGACUUGAAAACUGAAGAGAUCCCAAGAAUAUAAUAUACAAAGGGUGCAGUGCCUCUCUCUGCACACCUAGCUCGUUGGUAGCUGCCGAAAAAAACAGACGCCCGGUCCGUGCCCACGGAUUAUCCCAAGGAACCUGAAGAUCCUACCCACACAGUUAAAGUCAAAAAUCAAGACAAAACAUAAGUGUGGUGGCUGCGAGUGGCCCGGGCCGACGACGUGAGGCGCGGGGCGGCAGUCAAUGUUAUUUGAGCGGGGGCCGCGGGCCUCGGCGAUCGCAGAGCGGAGGAUGCAGAAAGCCGCCUACUACGACAACGCGGGGCUCUUCGGGGGCUACACCUACAGCAAGGCCGACGCCUACCCCUACGGCGCUGCCCACCAGCCCUACGGCCAGGCCGGCCUGGACGGCGAGUACCCCGGCUCCGCCUGCUCCGUGCAGGGCUCGGCGCCCGGCCGCGCCCCGGCGCACAAGGGCAGCGAGCUGGGCGGCAGCUGCAUGCGGACGGGCGGGGGCGGCGCUGGGGGCAGCCAGCCCCCGGGCAUCGGCGAGCAGCAGCCCCCGGCGCUGCCGCCCUCCUCCCCGCCCAACCCUGCCCCCAGCGCGCCCCCUCCGAAAAAAGCCAAGGGGGGGCCCAACUCCGCGGGCUCGGCCACCUCCACCCUCAGCAAGCAGAUAUUCCCCUGGAUGAAGGAGUCCCGGCAGAACUCCAAGCAGAAAAGCACCUGCGCCCCCUCAGGAGAGAGCUGCGAGGACAAGAGCCCCCCCGGUCCAGCCUCCAAGAGGGUGCGCACAGCCUACACCAGCGCGCAGCUGGUGGAGCUGGAGAAGGAGUUCCACUUCAACCGCUACCUAUGCCGGCCGCGCCGGGUGGAGAUGGCCAACCUCCUCAACCUGACGGAGCGGCAGAUCAAGAUCUGGUUCCAGAACCGCCGGAUGAAGUACAAAAAGGACCAGAAAGCCAAAGGCAUCAUGCACUCCCCCGUCGGACAGUCCCCGGACCGCAGCCCCCCCCUGAGCGGCCCGAACCACGUCGCCUACUCCAGCCAGCUCCCCAGCGUCAACAGCCUCAGCUACGACGCGCCCUCGCCCACCUCGUUCGCCAAAUCCCAGCAGAGCAUGUACGGGCUGGCCGCCUACACGGCGCCGCUGAGCAGCUGCCUCCCGCAGCAGAAGCGCUACGCGGGCGCGGAGUACGACCCACACCCCAUGCAGAGCGGCGGCGGCGGCUUCGCCAACCCCAGCCUGCAGGGCAGCCCCGUCUACGUGGGGGGCAACUUCGUGGACUCGAUGCCGGCCUCGGGCCCCAUGUUCAACCUGGGGCACCUGCAGCACCCCUCCUCCGCCAGCGUGGACUACAGCUGCGCCGCCCAGAUCCCCGGCGGCCACCACCACGGACCUUGCGACCCCCACCCCACCUACACGGACCUCUCCUCUCACCACACCUCUCAGGGACGGAUGCAGGAGGCCCCCAAGCUCACGCAUCUGUAGCGGGGGGGGCGGCCGGCGGGGCCCGCUCCCCUCUCGAUUACCUCACUUUUCUGACGGGACAGUGUGACUUUGCUCUCGAGUGCCAACAGUAUUAGUGGAUGUGUCUCCCCUAGCAGCUCCCUCCUUUCUCCCGCAGCCUCGGGUAGGUCCGUGAGCAGGAGCCUUUCUCUUAGAGCUGUGUUAAGCAUGACAGUGCAAUAUACUGCAAACCGAGGGACUGAUAAGCUGGUAAUGAUGUGCUUGAAGGUAAGUCUUAGAGAUGCCGUAGUGUUAGCAGCGCGUCAUGCUGAGGUGUUUUAGAGCAGCCGUGAGCGGUGGUAACUCGCCCGCGCCUGAGCUUAUGUCGGAGAAGUUAAUUUAUGGAUCCUUCCGUAACGUGAGGAUCGCAUCGGACUAAAUGAUAUUGUAUUUAUUAUUUUAAGCGAGACUUUUUUUUUUUUUUUUUUGUAUCACUGAUUAUUUAUCCUCGUCUUAAUGUAUUUAUGUGGGUAUUUGUAGAGUUCCUUCACCAAUACUUCGGGAGAGAGAUUCAGGUCCGUGGUGACUUACAUUUCACCUAUUUAGUAUAUUCAGUCUGAGCUAGUUGAGAGAGUAGUCUUGAACAGUUGUAACAGUGGCUGGUGUUUGUAGUUUAUGUAAGGAUUAAUUAAGACAGCAAGUUGUAAGUCUAUUUAAUAGAGUAAAACCGUGACAUCACACAAAGAGCCGUUACACUUAAGAAAAAAAGAAUCGGAAAUAUUAUAAAAGUAUUUAUUUCUGAUGUCCCAGCGGAGCGCUGGGCUGGCAGCGGCUGGGCCUGGGGAAGCCUCCUGGAGCCGGGAGAGCCGCCGCUUUGAGGAGGCGACCUACAGAGCGAGGCGCUUGGCCAUCUUGUUUCAGAUCAAAUCCUCCAUCCAAAAACCUCGGUGAGGUUAACAUUUAUUUAUUGACUGGGUAUCUAUCGCACAUAUUAUUAUUUCGGUGGGGUAUUAUCUUUCUUUCUCUCUUUUUUUUUUUAAUUUAAUUUUUUUAUUACAUUCUGGCUAUCUGAAAUAGGAAAGAAAUUAGAAGCUUAGAACGCAAAAAAAUUAGAAACCCUCUGAUAGUGCUAAUUUCAUUAGGGUCUCCAUAGCAAUCCGCGCAGCAGCUGCCGCCUCCUUUGUUAUUUAUACCGUUGUCUUUAUACUAACCAUAAAUCAAUUUUUUAGACAUCUUUGGAAGCCCGAGCUUUUCCUCUUGUUUUUCAUAAAAAUAAACUUUGAAAGAAAAUUGACAAUCACCUCUAAACAGCCGCAGGGAGCUGCCGAGGCAGUGCCGCCGCGCUCCCCGGCGAGGACGGGCCCGUCCCCUCUGCCCGCGGCACCGGGGCCGCCGCCUCGCCCGCCAGAACGGAACGGGCAACACGGGGGGGACGAGGAAAAAAUAAUGGAAAGAGAAAAAAAAAUAAUAAAAUAAAAUAAAAUAAAAAAAAAAAAAGGAACGAUGCUCUGAACCCUCGUGUUUCCUUCUCUCUGGUUACACGGCUGUGUUGAAUCCCUCGCUGAAUUUAGAGAGAUACUUCUUUUGUAAACGUUGUCAUUAAAGUCUCUUCCUGACGGUACAUGUCGCUCCGAGAAGACUGUUCUUAUCUCUUUCUAAAAUUGUCAAGUUAAAGAUUAAGCCGAACUUCUGUAUUCCCCGCCAAACCCUCUGACGUGCCACUUCCCAGUUGGACAAACACUGCAGCUCCUACUCCAUCCUUAAUGACAGGACCUGGCAUUCCUAUUGUGAGGGAUAUUUUAACUCCUCCAAUUCUGGUCCACACAGACCAAUUUUCCUUCUUUCUUUUCUCUCUUUCUCUUUCUCUUUCUCUUUCUCUUUCUCUUU